AUGUGCCAGCACGUGGGCAAGAGCGUCAGUCUGGCUGACAUUAAGCGGCAGCUGAAGUCGAACCGGCGGAUCGGCGCCUGCGACAAGAAGGUGCCGACCCCGUGCACGGCACCCGCGGAUGGGGAGGAGCGGUCGGUGCCGUCGGGCGCGCAGCUGCCGCACGGCGUCUGGCUGUGCAUGCAGUGCGGCCACCAGGGUUGCGCGAGGCACGCCACGCAGCACUUUAACACGCCGCGCUCCGACUCGCACACGCUGGCCGUCAAUGCCGCCGCCGACUGGGGCGUCUGGUGUUUCACAUGUAACGAGAAAGUGUCACUGAAGAGUAAUAAGAAACUUCACGAAGCUGUGCAGUUUGUCAAGAAAAGGCAGGGAACUCUACGUCCCGGGGCCACGCCAUCCAAGGAGGACACUCCGCCUCCCAAGUCUUCCAAGGGCGCCUCCGCUAAGGAGAAACAGGCUCAAGCGGACUGUGAUAACGAGUCACUUCCGAAGGUCAAGGGUCUGAUCAACCUGGGCAACUCGUGUUACCUGAACUCGGUGCUGCAGUGUCUGAGCCAAUGCCACUACCUGACGCACUACCUAGACAUCAGCAGCCGCCCAGGACGAAAGGUCACAGUCAGCGCUGACGGCGAGACCAUGGAGCUGGUGCUGCCGGAGGGCGGGCCCAUCACCGCCUCGCUGUGCGACUUUCUCAAGAAGAUGCACAUCACGGGCACCGGCUCCACCGUCUCCCCCAGUCAUCUGCUCAGAAAGAUCGCCCUGAAGGUGCCCCAGUUUGUGGGCUGCGACCAACAGGACGCACACGAGCUGCUGCGAGCGCUCAUGGAGCAGGCGCGGCUUGAGGAUCUCCGGCGGCACCAGAAGCAGAUCCUGCUCGGUCUGGGGCUGCCGGCCAAGGCCGACCCCAAGGAAGUACCCGACGACAUGAAGGCGCGUGCCAAGGCGCUGGGCCACCAGGUAUCGCAUACGACCAUCGACUCCAUCUUCAGCGGCCAGCUGGUCAGCCUGGUGGUGUGUCAGGCCUGCAUGGCCUGCACACACCGCAUGGAGCCCUUCCUCGACCUCUCGCUGCCCGCCGCCGAAGAUAUCAUCUUCAGCCUGCUGUCGGAGCUCGACCCGCCGCCGGCCUCGGUCAGUGGGGAUUCGACGGAAGACGAGCUAAACGAACCGCCGGCCUCAGUCAGUCCGGACCCGCCGGCUGACGAGCCGCCCGCCUCGGUCAGCCCCGACCCGCCGGCUGACGAGCCGCCUGCCUCGGUCAGCCCCGACCCGCCGGCCGACCUGGCCGCGGAGGAGCUCUCGGAGCGGCUCAGCGCGCUGAUUGUGGACAGCGCCGGCGCCGCGGCCGCUGCGGACUCGUGUGGGGACGAGCCGGGCCCGCUGACGGUGAACGGCCGGCCGUCGUCACCGGUGGAGGCGGACGCGGCGCCGGCCGGGCUGGUGCCACUGGUCGGGGAGAGUGCUGACAAAGCCCCGAACGGUGCGCCGGAGACGGCGGGAGCGGACCAGGUGGGGGAGAAGCAGAGCUCUGUACCGGCGGAGAACUGCGGAGAGGCUGUGGAGGCGCAUGAGAACAGUCUGGGCGCUCCGAACGGUCACUGCGGAAGGGCAGCCGAGGAGGCCCCGCGGGAGGGCCAGUCGCCGUCACCCGGUGAGGCGGCCGCUGGCGAGUGCAGCCUGCUCACCUGCCUUAACCAGUACACGGCGCCCGAGCUGCUCACCGGCAACAACAAGCUCGGUUGCGACAACUGCACCGAGCUGCGCAACAAACGGCUCACGGCGGCUGAAAAAGCAGCUGAGAAGAAACUCGGCACAGUAUACAGCAACGCCAGCAAGCAGCUGCUCAUCUACAGUCCGCCGCCGGUGCUGACCAUCCACCUGAAGCGGUUCGAGGUGUGCAGCUUCAGCCUGCGGAAGAUGAACCGGCACGUGCAGUUCGGCGAGCGGCUCGAUCUGGCCCCCUUCUGUUCCUCCAUCAGCCAGGACCUGCCUCAGAUGCGGGCCGGCCAGCGGCGGGUGCUCUACUCGCUGUUUGGUGUCGUUGAGCACAGCGGUCGACUGACCAGCGGCCACUACACAGCCUACGUGCGCGUGCGCCGCCGUCACGACCAGCUCACCGUCAACCCUGCGCGACUCACCACACUCGUCACCGACGCGUUCGCCGUGGCGUGUGAGCGGGCGAGGCAGCGCGCCGAGCAGACCCGACCGGAGACCACGGACGGACCGUCCCCGGUCAGGCCCGCAGAGGAGGGCCGGGAAGACGGGGAGGGCGAGGACCCCGCCGCCGCGCCACAGGAGUCACAGACGGAUCAAAAACAGCCCGCCCCGGAGCCCGAGACGGAGCCGGAGCCGCAGCCGGAGGCCGGGCGGUGGUUUUACGUGAGUGACACGCACGUCACAGAGGUGACUCUGGACAAGGUGCUCAAGGCGCAAGCUUACAUGCUGUUCUAUGAGCGAAUUGUGUAA